UGUCAAACGCCACUGUUCCGAUACAAAACUGAGUUGUAUCGAAAUGCGAGCAAUAUUCUCAAUUCAAGUUUAAGUGACGCCGCAGCUUUUUAUAUUCCGCAAGUUUUGUGCCCAUGUCGCGACGGUCUCGAGGAAGCAACACCUGGGAGGUGCGUGCAUCGACGUUGGCUCGCAAUACCCAUAACCUGAUCAGGGAUAUCGUCGAGAACCUCCAGGUGGAACCGAAUCCAGAGAAGCAGCUGAUAGCGCUUUCAGUCGGUGACCCAACAACAUUUGGCAAUCUUAACCCUCCCGAGCAAGUGCUGCAAGCUGUUCGGGAGAGCAAUGAAUGGCUUAGCAGCCGCAGCUAUGGCCCUGCGAAGGGACACAUCGAGGCGAGGGUGGCCGUAGCGGAGUACAGUGCCCACCAGGGGGACAUAUCACCGGACGACGUCAUCCUCUGCAGUGGGUGCUCUCAUGCUAUUGAACUUGCAAUCACUGUGAUUGCUGAUUCAGGACAAAAUGUGCUCGUGCCACGGCCAGGAUUCAUGAUAUACAAGACAGUAGCUGAAGGAUUAGGCAUUAAUAUCAAAUAUUACAAUUUAUUGCCAGAUCAACAAUGGAAGAUAGAUUUGGAGGAUCUAGAGAGCCAAAUAGAUGACGACACUGCCGCUCUAGUCGUAAUAAAUCCCUCGAAUCCGUGCGGUUCAGUGUACAACAAGGAGCAUUUGUACGAGAUACUUGACAUAGCGGCGAGGAAUCACGUGCCCAUCAUUGCUGAUGAAAUAUACGAGCACUUUGUUUUCUCUAAUCAUGAAUUCACUGCUUUAUCAGCACUCUCUACAGACGUCCCAAUACUGACAUGCGGUGGACUCACCAAGAGGUUUUUGGUGCCAGGUUGGCGUAUGGGCUGGGUCAUUAUUCACGAUAGACAUGACGUAUUUGGAAAGGAAGUUCGUAAAGGCUUAUCAAAUCUGGCAACUAGAAUCUUAGGGCCAAAUACCUUAAUACAGAGGGCUUUGCCUGCAAUAUUAACAUGUACGCCGCAGAGCUUUUUCGAUGAAGUAGUGCUAUUUAUAGAGAAUCAAGCAAAACUGGCUUACAAUGAACUACGCUGCGCUCCGGGUUUGCGUCCCAUUAUGCCACAAGGUGCCAUGUACAUGAUGAUUGAAAUUAAACUAUCAUUGUUCCCAAGCUUUAAGAAUGAACUGCAGUUCGUUGAACGCAUGGUUGCUGAACAGUCAGUCUUCUGUCUACCGGGACAGUGCUUCGCGUAUCCAAACUUCAUGAGGAUUGUGCUAACUGUGCCCGAGGAUAUUUUGCAAGAAGCUUGCAAGAGGAUGAUAAUCUUCUGCAAAGACCACAUCGUAUCCAGAGAGACUCUGAAGGAGAUAGACAGUAAUAUAGUAACUGUAGCCAGUGACAACGAUGUCAUCUGCGAUGGAACUGCACAAAUUGCUUAGAAUAAAAGGUAUCUUGAUUGUAAUAGUGAAAUAGAUAUCAUUUGUUAUCCAAUAAAUGGUUUCAUUCUCUGUAAUUUAGAAAAUAAUAUUUUUAAAAUAAAUAAAACAAAUAAACUUCAGAAAAUCAUGUGCCUAUCUGGUUAUUGCAAUAUUGCACAUCAACUAUUUAUUAUUUAGAAUCAAAUUGCAAGCCUUUGUUCCGUUCGGAUUAAAUCUGCUUAAAACUUCUCUAACAAUCACAACGAGAAAUAAAUAUCGUGACAUUUUAACAUCCCAGUUGCGCAAAAAUCAGUAUCAAUGUAGAUCCGAAUGUUCGAUAGACAUACCUAGACAGGUGAUGAAAUCAUAUUUUCAGACUGACUAUAAAGCAAAUGAGUUGAUAUCUACAAUGUAAUGUGUCCCUCUAAUUAGCAGGAUCUUCAUACAUUUCCUACUUAUUAAACAAAAUUAUGAUGAUUAAAUUAAUGAUCUUUUGUGAUGUCAUGAACUGCAUAAGUAUCAGCACGUAGCCAGUGCAUGGGAAUUGUAUCACGCAUGCAUGCAUGCAUCAAGAUUUACAGAAUUUUCCGCCUACCUACAUCUGCGUCGAAUAUUCAUACAAUAUCACGUCAUAUCUAAUGAAUUCAAUAGAUUAUGUAUAAUUUCAAACUGGUGUAGUUAAGUUAAUGAGUGUGCAUAAUUUCGUUAGUACAUAAUAUGUUUAAGUAAGCAUAUGACUAUAGACGAAUUCGUUGUUACCCAUUUGUUUAUGUAAAUAAAUAAUAUACCCUACGUA